GUGAUCUAAUGGGAAAGUCACGACUAAUUAACUUAAAUUCACAUUCAUAAAGAUACAAUUUCCAUAGUAGCAAGGCGUUUACUUUGUUGAGAUCGUCUGAUCGGGUAUUCGACCCCAUGUUAGGGCAAUGGAAGUGUGGGAGGACAAGCUCUCACUUGACCUCUAGCUUCAGGUCUACCACAACCUGACCAAUUUAGGCUUCAAUAGUGGUACCACGUGAAGUUCCAGAAGUAAAAAAAACGACCUUGAGUCGCAAAAAUGGGCAUCGCUCAACUAAAAUCACUCAAUCUGGUAGAUGGGAAGAUUAUUCAAUUGGAAAAACUAUAUUACUGUGUUAUAUAAUUAGUAGCAAAAACUCCUCUGCAGGAAUCACAAAAAAAAUUCGUUGACCGAAAAGUAUUCUAACAACAAUUGAUAAGGCAUUAACUAUAAUUAUCCCAAAACACCGAUUUCUGAACUAUUGGGACCGCCGAUAUUGCAGGCACUAUUUCACUUGUCAUUUAUUUAUCAACAUGACAUCUCCAGAUGGUUUGAACCCGGGAGAGGCGUGGCUGAAUGAUCUAGUGACGACUGUAUCGUCCACUUCCGAUGAACUGGCCUUCUACCAGAGGACAGCUGCCGGCUACGAUGAGAUCGUGAAACACCUGGACGUCGAGGCACCCGACCUCUGCAUGAAGGCUAUUUGCAACUUCGAGCAGAAAACUGGUGUCAAAAUACCACGUGACGGCAGAGUGUUAGACAUAGGGGCCGGUACUGGAUUAAGCGGAGCUGCUCUGAAGAGGAAUGGGUUCACUGGACAAGUAGAUGCUCUGGAACCCUCGACCAACAUGUUUCAGCUGGCAAAACCCAGAAAAAUUUACACUGAAUGGUUCCAAGAACUGCUUCUGGAAGACAAGGAGACUUCUAUUCCAAGUGACUGCUACGAUUUGGCAUUUUCCGUUUCCGUCUUCAGUGACCGUUCAGCUACAAGUAAAUGCUUGCCAGAAUGUAUACGAAUUCUCAAACCCGGAGGUCAUCUGGCUAUAGCUAUGAUGAAACAUUUCUGGGCAAGAGACUUUGAGGACAAAGUGAAACACAUGGAAGAGGAAAACUUGGCCCGACUAGUUUAUGACGAAACACUGCUCGAAAAGUAUGCAAAAGGACAUCACGGAUUAGUAUUUAUCUUGCAGAAACUCUAAAGGGACUAGUUUUGAAUUGUCUGAGAAAGUAAAAUCAAACAGAAUCUAUCAAGAAGACAAGGAAGAUCUGAAAGUCAGGGCAAAAUUUCCUUGUGAAUUUUUUCACAAUCAUACAUAAAAAAGCAGCACGCAGCCGUUCUUUUGUGUUUUAUAACAUAUUUUAUACCAAAUGUAGCCUCGAAUUUUGUAGUCCAGAAUGGUGACUUGAAAGUUACUAAUGCUCAAUAUAAAGAUCAACUACAAUUCUAUAAUAGUUUCCUA